AUGGACGAGAAGCUGGAUAUUUUGAACCAGCUCAGAGUCCGCCGAUGGGCCCACCCCCUACUCGAGCUGUUUCUCUCGAAAUUCGACCUUUCUCAGAUGCAAGGAAUUAGAGGCUCGUUGCGACGGGCAUAUGCGGAGAAGUACUUCUUCUGGGUACGUCCAACAGUGGUUGAACAUUCCCGUCGUCUCGCUAUCGGCAUUGACAUCAACAUAAACAACAUUCGGCUGGCCAAGUUCAACGCGUCACGCACCAAUCUUCGCAAUCUUGCGUACGCUAUCACCAAUUUCACGCUGGUGGAUGAACUGCGUGACGCUAUUCGACAGGCGAGUCAAGAGCUCAUCGUGUCUUCGGUCGACAGCUUCGACGUCAUCUUCAAGUCCUCGAGUCUCGCAACGGUUCCAGCGAACCAACAUGUCACGUUACUGCGUGAUUUGCGCAGUCUGAUCAAGCCCGGUGGAAAACUCGUCUUUGACUUCUGGUCGCCCAACGUCGACAUACGCACCAUCGAGGUCAACUUUGCCAUCUUACCGACUGUCAUCAGUCACAAUCUUCAAUUCGAGCGUACCGGCACUGCCUUGCGCAAGUACGUCGGCAGCCGCGACAUAUAUCUCAAGGCCCGCACUGCCGUCCGCGCCCUUGCACCCGAAGCCGGGUGGGAGCAGAGUCCCAGCACCACCGUCCACCCCAACUGGCAAAACGGUGGGUACGAAGGCAUUACGGCACAAGUGCGCGUAAUCGCCGACCUGUUGGCGGCGGAACGAUCAAAGCCGCGCCCUCGGUUGAUGGAAUUCGAGAACGCGCGUAUGGAGUUGUUCACCCAACCUCACGUCACAUCGGAAUUAGGGUUGGGGCUAGGGUUAGGAGCCUGA